AGAGAAAAAGACUGGCGGAUUCCAAAUCUCACACUAAACCCUAUUUUAAUCUCUUCUCUUUCAGUUCCGUCUUUGCUCCAUUUUCCCAACGGACACACACACACACACUCUCUCUCUCUCUCUCAAACUCUUUUGUUUUUAUUAUUCACUGAUCCGACAAGAACAACAGAAAGAAGUAGAAGAAGAUAAAACGGUCCAAACGAUGGGAAGAUCUCCAGCUUCUUCUUGUCUCCGUAUCAUCGCCUGCGCCGGCGGAGACGACGCCGCCGAACCUACGCCUAAUGCUCUAGAGAGCAAGAGCUCUAGUGAUAAGCGAGGAUGGAGUUUCAGGAAGAAAUCAGGGAAGCAGCAGCAGCAGCGAGGGGUGAUGUCGAUCACUACUAGUGUUGCUGUCUCUGAAGAAACUACUAGGACUAGAGAGACUCUUGAAUCUGCUCUUCUUCUCAAGUCUCCUUCUCCUGAAGAUAACGUUGUGUCUGAAAAGCAGACGUUUUCCGUUGAUGAUGAGAAGACGAAGACGAAGAAGAGUCAGUUACCUGUUACUACCUAUGUGGACGAAUCUGUGGAUGUGAACAAAAAAGCGGAGGUGCCUGUUCUCGUGGAAUCAAAAGGGACUGAAACUGAGGAGGAGGAUUUUAUUGGAACUGAGUUGCAAUCUAAGUUUGAUGGAGGAGAUUGUGCAGAUGCACCACCCGUGACCGUGAUAGAGAAAGACACUACUCUAGAGGUUGCAAAGGUUGAACCAGAUGAUGUGAUCAUCAUCAAGAAAGAAGUUGAUGAUUCCGUUAUCAUUAUCAUCCAAGCUGCUAUACGUGGAUUUUUGGCGCGAAGAGAACUUUUGAGGCGCAAGAAAGUUGUUAAACUUCAGGCUGCUGUACGUGGCCACCUCGUUAGGAACCAGGCCAUGGGAUCACUCCGAUGUGUCCAAGCUAUCGUCAAAAUGCAGACGCUCGUCCGUGCUCGUCAUUCCGCCAAAGAUGGAAGCCGUGUUUCUGCAAUCUCUGAGAAGGUGGAAACAAAUGCAGCAGCACAAAAACUUCUCGAAAACAAGUUUGCUAAACAUCUAAUGGAGUCAACUCCCAAGACGAAGCCUAUCAGCAUUAAGUGUGAUCCAACGAAACCUAGCUCUGCUUGGAGCUGGUUGGAGAGGUGGAUGUCUGUUUCCAAGCCUGAGAAGGCUCCAUUAGCAACGGAGGAGCAACAUUUGGAAGAAACCAAGGUAUCAUCACAAGUUGACUUGGUGAGCUCUGAGUCCACCUUAGAGACCGAAGCUGAUACUGGUUUCUCAAGUAAGGUGGAGCUGUCUGAGACGGAGAAAACGAGCCAUUAUGAUUCACCGAAAGCAUCUGCAGAGGUUGAUCAUGACUCUCAUCCACUUGCUGCUGCUAAGGAUACCGAAGCUGAAUAUGUGGAUGAACAGCCGAAACAUUCUUUGAAGCGUAAGGCUAGCAAUCCUUCUUUCGCUGCAGCGAGAUCAAAGUUUGAGGAACUAACUUCAUCUGCUGCUGGUUCAAACAAAGCAAUCACGCUUUCUUCUAAAGAUGGUGUUUUAGGUGAACAAGGCAAAGAUUCAUCAGAGGCUAAAAAGGAUCAGUCUGUGGAAGAAGUUGCUCCAGCGGAGCACAAUGGAUCUGAGUGUGGCACUGAACUCUCUGUGACUUCUUCUCUUGAUUCGCUUGACAAGAAGUCAGACGUUGAGAGUGGUGGAGAGCCCAAGGUUGGAGCUAAGCUUCUAGAAAACGGCACUCCCAAGUCAGACCAAGCAGAGUUGAUAGAAAUUGAUGUGAAAUCUAAAACUCCAUUGGCGGCUACUGUAGAUGACUCCAAGGAGAGAGUUGAGGUUACAGUGACAGAGCAUGAAACGGUUAUUAUUAGUACACCAGAUUCCAAAAAGAGAAGUGCAGAAGAAGAUGAAUCAGGUCCUCAAGCAUCAUACUCGUUACCUGAGGAAGCUGUAACUCCGAUGACAAUCACUGAAUCUCAGGCAACUCCGGCAAGUCAAGCAUCCUCUUCGGUUAGAGCAAGGAAGGAUAGAUCCGGUAAGAGUGGUUCAAGCCAGAAGCGGAAAGUUAGCAAGAAAAUAGCAUCAAGUCCCAAACAGGAAACUGAUACUACUACUACUACAGAACAGAAAAGCGGGAGAAGAAACUCUUUUGGUUAUGAUCAAGAAGCAAGAGAAAGCAGCGGAGGGAAAAACUCUGUUCCUCGGUUCAUGCAGCCAACACAGUCGGCGAAAGCUAAGGUUCAGGAACAUAACUCACCAAGGUCAAGCCCUGAUCUUCAGGAGAGAGAGGUUUCCGUCAAGAAGAGACAUUCAUUGCCUGUUGUUGUUGCCAAUGGGAAACAAGGGUCUUCUCCUAGAAUCCAACGGUCUGCGUCUCAAGCACAGCCAAUUACAAAGGAUACAAGAAAAUGGCAGAGAUGAAGCUGAAUUAAAGGAAAAUCUUAGGGGGAGUUCCGGUAAUUUGCAAUGUUUGAUGAUUGAUUGGUAUGUUUUUUUUUUGUUUUUCAGACAAUCCUUAAACUCUAAUUUCAGACAAACCAAAGUGACAGAUGUGGAAGAGGAGGAACCGAGAGUGGAGGGGAGGAUGGUUCUUUUGUAUAGAGUCAUUUCCUUUUUCUUUCUUUCUUAUUGGAUUAUUUGGUUUGGUUUGGUGUUUGUUUAUUUGUUUGAACAUAAUAAUCUGCUCAACUGAAAUGAAAGUCGUGUAAUAGAGUAUUUUUGGUUAUUUCUAUAUAUUUAUUUUCUACACA